AUGUUCCGAAACAGAGCACUCUUGUCUCUUACGAACUGCUUGGAAGUUGAAAUAUCAGAAAGAGACGACAUCGAUAAGCAAACAAGAGAUCUUAAAAAUGUUACGUACAAGGAGUUAAUCCUUUCAUCUUUUGAGUUCCCUGACGUGAAACUACUCGCUCUAUCCGGCGUUCGAGAUUGGGAUUUAUUCAUGCAGGAUAGCCCCGAUAGAUCGAGUACCUCAAACAUUACAUCCUUAUCCCUCACCAACACGGUGCCAACAGAUCGAGGCUUGAUGAAGUUUAUAUCGUGGCCAAAGGCUCUAAAGUCUUUCCGCUACGAGCUUGCGCUUUCAGAGAUUCGUAAAUAUCGGCGGUUCGAAAGUUCUCGUCGCCCAGAUAGAUUUGUUUUAUCAGCGAAAGAAUUCAGCGACGCUCUGAAACCGCAUGAACAUUGCCUUGAAGAACUCUUCAUCGAAGGCCACACCACUGGCGAUGAGCCUAUUUUUGAUCCAAGGCAGUCCAUUGACCUUCAUUCAUUCACCAAUCUAAGAUAA